AUGAACAAGUCCAAGUGCAACAAGAUCAAUCCUAAUCUUCACAAGUACUAUCAGUCCGGAGACCUCAGCAUUACUGGGAUCAUUUCUCAGGUCAACAGGUUUUCUAAUGGAAUAGCCUUCAAUCAAAACCCCUCUCAGGAACUUCUUGAGGUGUAUGUCAAUUUCAGUCCUAGAUGGAUCUACCUUGCCUCAAUGGAAGUUCUCUCCUCAUGGGACAGAUUUGUCCCUAACUACAAAUGUGAUGUGGAGAGAAAUCCUGUAGCAGCUAUAGGGGAAUCUGACAGCUCAGUCCACAUGGCAACUGUACUGUGCAUGCACAAAAUUGCACAGCUCCCAUACGGGUCUGCUCCAGUAGUAAAGAAUGAAAACCAAGCUGCCUUUUUCCAGCCAAUGUUCCCACAUGGAGUCCAUCAACAGAGGGGCAUUCUCCAGCUGCUUUUGCAUUUUAGGUGGACAUGGAUUGGCAUUCUAUCAGUGAAGAGUGACAAUGGGGAGAGGUUUGUAAAUGAAAUGCUUUCCACAUUUUCCCACAAAGGGAUUUGCUUUGAUUUCAUACAAAAUUUCCCAAUAGUCACCUUUUUCAUUCAAGUGUCUAGUGUUCUGGAUGAAUCAACCAAGGUAUACAAAGUUGUCAUGGAAAGUACAGCCAAUGUGGUGGUUGUAUAUGGUGAAAUCCAGACCAUGAUCAUUUUGAGAGUGGUUCUCCAAGUUUCAGAAAUAGAUGAAAUACCAAAGAAGGCAAAAAUCUGGAUUAUGACAGCCCAGAUGGACUUCAUAUCUGCUUUUCUUCAUCAAAAGUGGAACAUAAGCUUCCUCCAUGGAGCUCUCUCCUUCGCAAUUCACACAAAGGAGGUGUUGGGAUUCCGGGAAUUUCUUCGAACCAAAAAUCCAUCCUUUGGAACACAGGAUGGUUUCAUCAAGGAUUUCUGGGAGCAGUCAUUUAAUUGUGCCUUCCCCAGUUCUGAUAAAGAUAAACAAUCUGAGAGAGCCUGCACUGGGGAGGAGAAGCUUGAAACUCUUCCUGCAUCUGUCUUCGAAAUGAGCAUGUCUGGCCUCACCUACAGCAUCUACAAUGCUGUCUACACGGUGGCACAUGCUUUGCAGUCAAUGCAGCCAUCCAGUUCGAAGCAAAGAACAAUGGCAGAUGGAGGAAGGAAAAACAUUCAGAAUCUGGAAGCCUGGCAGCUCAUUCACUUUCUCAGAAGUGUCUGCUUCAACAACACUGCAGGAGAUAAGAUUUCCUUUGACAGUAAUGGGGAACUGAUAGCUGCAUUUGAUAUCAUCAACUGGGUGACUUUCCCCAACAAGUCAUUUCUCAGAGUCAGAGUUGGGGGGAUUGACCCCUGGGCUCCAGCAAACAAGGUGUUCAGAAUUGAAGAGGAUUCCAUCACCUGGCCUAGCUUUUUUAAUCAGGUGCAGCCGGUUUCUUUGUGUAAUCCCUAUUGCAAUGAAGGCUUUAGCAAGAAAAAGAAGGAAGGGGAGCCAUUUUGCUGCUACGAUUGCUUUUCAUGUCCAGAAGGAAAGAUUUCCAACAAGAAGGAUAUGGAUGACUGUUCUGAAUGUGAGAAAGAUCAUUAUCCAAACCAGAGAAAGGACUCUUGCAUCCCAAAGAAUAUAACAUUCUUGUCCUAUGAAGAAGUUUUGGGGGUCAUUUCAGCCAGUUUUGCCCUUUCUUUUACAUUUCUCACGGCUUUGGUUUUUGGAAUCUUCAUCAAGCAUCAGGAGACUCCCAUAGUCAAAGCCAACAAUCGGAACCUCACCUACAUGCUCCUAAUCUCCUUACUGCUCUCCUUCCUUUGUGUUUUCCUGUUUAUUGGGCAACCCCAUAAACUGAUGUGUCUCCUUCGACAACCAGCUUUUGGCAUCAUCUUCUCAGUGGCAGUUUCAUGUGUGUUGGCCAAAACCAUCAUCGUGGUCAUGGCUUUCAUGGCCACCAAGCCAGGGUCCAGGAUGAGGAAGUGGGUGGGAAAAAGCACGUCGAGCUCCAUUGUUUUGUCCUGCUCUCUUAUUCAAGCCAGUAUUUGUGCUGUGUGGCUCACAACCUCUUCCCCAUUCCCAGCUUUUGACAUGCACUCAGUGACUGGCAAGAUUGUACUGGAGUGCAAUGAAGGGUCUGUCACCAUGUUCUACUGUGUCCUGGGCUUUAUGGGUUUCUUGGCCAUCAUCAGCUUCUGUGUGGCUUUCCUAGCCAGGACGUUACCGGAUAGUUUUAAUGAAGCCAAGUUCAUCACCUUCAGCAUGUUAGUGUUUUGUAGUGUGUGGGUGUCCUUUGUUCCAACUUAUUUGAGCACAAAAGGAAAGUACCUGGUGGCUGUGGAGAUCUUCUCCAUCCUGGCCUCCAGUGCUGGGUUAUUGGGGUGCAUCUUUCUACCCAAAUGCUAUAUCAUUAUGGUGAGGCCUGAACUGAACAGCAGGCAGCACCUGAUGAAAAGAAAGUGUUAA